AUGAAGGUCAUCUUUGAAUGCCAUCAACUUCCAUACACAUUAACCCUCAUUCUAGUACCAUUCCUCACACUGUUUCUGGUUUUUUAUCUUAAAUACUAUUUCUUCUCUCUUCGUGGGAAGAAACUUCCUCCUGGUAAACUAGGACUAAUCCCCACUAUAGGUGAGUCUUUAAGCUUUCUGAGAGCCCAUAGACGAGACAAGACCAUUGAGUGGAUUCAAAGCCAUGCUGCUAAAUAUGGACCAAUAUUUAAGACCUCCCUUUUGGGUUCAAAAACCAUUGUUAUGACUGGUCAAGCUGGCAAUCGAUUUAUACUCGGUAGGAAUUCUGAUAAUGGUCUUGUGGGAAACCAACCAGCUUCUGCCGUAGCUAUACUUGGGAAACACAGUAUCUUUGAGCUUUCCGGGUCUCGACACAAGCUUGUUAGGGGUGCAAUUACCAGCAUCCUGAGGCCUGAAAGUAUCAGAAGAUUUGUAAGUGAAAUGGAUUCUAUAGUCAAACGUUUGCUGUUUCAGGAGCUUAACGGUAAGGAUUGGAUACCGGUGGUAAUAAAGAUGAAGAGGAUUACAUUCAAGGUCACUUGCAGUCUACUGUUAGGAUUAGCUGAAAAGGAUCAGGAAACAGAUAAGGUACUAGAAGAUUUAACAGCCUCCCUACAUGGGAUGUGGGCAGUUCCCCUGGAUCUUCCAGGAUCCACAUAUCGAAAAGCAUUGCGAGCUCGAGGCAGGUUGAGUAAGGUGUUUUCCAAUUUGCUUGUGGAAAGGAAGAAAGAAUUGGAACUUGGGAAAGUAGGUCUUCAAGAUGAUAUGGUCUCAAGCUUCCUUUCUCUUAGAGAUGAAAAUGGUGAACCUUUAUUAGAAGAGGAGAUUGUUGACAAUAUUGUCACUCUGUUAUUUGCAAGCCAUGACACAACUUCAACCCUUGUGAGUCUUAUUAUAAGGCAUCUAGCUCGAGAUAAAUAUACCUUCGACAAAGUUUACGCAGAGCAAAAGAAAAUCAAAGGCGCCAAAGAAGGAAACAAGGGACAACUACGUUGGGGAGAUGUAGAAAUGAUGAACUAUACAUGGAGGGUGGCCCAAGAGCUUAUGAGGUUGACUCCUCCAGUUUUUGGCAAUUUCAGAUGUGCCAUGAGAGACACAAAGUUCGGUGGCUUUGAUAUCCCCAAAGGAUGGCAGGUAUUUUGGGUGGCCCCUGCUACGCAUAUGGACAAGGAAAUUUUCAAAGACCCAACAAAGUUUGACCCAUCAAGAUUUGAUAAAUCUUUGUGCAAGUCUGUUCCUCCCUACUCCUUUAUUCCAUUUGGAGCAGGGUCAAGAAUAUGCCCUGGUGCUGAAUUUGCUAGGAUUGAAGUUCUGCUUAUAAUCCACCAUCUGAUAUUAAACUAUCGAUGGAAUGAAGUAAUCCCAGAUGAGCCAUUAACACGUAACCCCAUGCUGUACCCUGCUAAGGGCCUUCCCAUUUGGGUUUAUCAGAGGGAAGAGAACCAUUGA